GCCCAGCCGGACUUCCAAUUUCCAGCUUCUCAGCAUCAAGUUUUGCUGCUAGCAUCAUCAGCGGCUUCUGCUGCCAACACAUAACCCCGCUUCGGUUUUCAUCUUUAGCCACGCAUUUACAGAUUCACUCGUCUCAGACUAAAAUUGCAUCGACUUCUGCCUUUUCUAAAAUGGUCAAGGCCCCCAUUUCUUUCCCUGCCAAGACUGUCCAUCCUUCCUAUCUAGUACAUCAAGUAAAGCAUUCACUUUGAAAACACCAAGUUGAUAACAUGUCGUCAACCGGCGAAGAAUCCUACGGAGGCGCGGAAAAUAUUGUCGAAUUUCUUGACGUCUUCGAUAGUCAGGAUCCCUUUACACCACAUCGAGUUCAGCCGCCAGCCAACUUUUCCACUCCCGCCCAACCUCAGCACCAAAUGCAUGGCCAGCUUUCCACAGUUCAUACGAGUACUUCAAACGUUCGUCAGGAACCUCCACAGAUGCCUGUACUUACUAUGCCAUCAAGCUCAGUAGUCCUUGACGAACCUUCAAGUCCGGAGGUUAGCAACAGCCCAGAUGGAGGAAAUGUCACUCCAGCUCAUCAGGGGCGAAAAAGUUCUUCCGUGCUUCCACAAAGUCCUUCCAUUUCGAACGACAGUCAGCAAGAUACAUUAAGCCCAACAGUUGAACCAGAUAUCAAUGAUGGUUCACUCACAGGUAGCCAGCAUCCAGAUGAAACAAGCGCGGUCGUAAUUCCAAGUAUUGAGUCACCAGAUCUCGAUGUUAAGGAAGAAUCCCAGGGCACACUUGAUCACGGUAGAAGCCAAGUGGUUUCAGACGAUAUGUACGAUGCAAGCACUCAGGGAUCAAACCUUGCUUCGAAACAACAGUAUAACAGGCAGCGUCCGUCUGUAUUUGGGACUCCACUUAUUUCCAAUGCUCAUUUUGCCAGGACUUCAAGCCACCUUCAGGCACCAAAACUAUCAUGUCAAACGAAGCAGCCAGACCAAGUCUUAGUCGGAUCUGACUCUGACGAUGACUGCUUUAUCACGGAGGUCAGAGUGGCACGCCCUAGAGAGAGAAGAAUGCCUGCUAUGAAAUAUAGGAGCCCUGUAGUUAAGGAUGAGCCAGCACUAGAUCCACCAGCCAACCUUAGCACCUCGGAUGUUGCCAACGGUAAUUUCGAGAGAGGCAUGAGCACUUUCGAGUUUGAUCGGGAACCAAGUCCAACUGAAGAAGAAAUGCUCGCGGCUCAAGCAACGAUCAUUCCUCCAGCUGCUCAAAGUCGUGCCGAAGACAUACACACUCCGGGAUCAACAAACGAGAGUAGAAAGAGACGCCGAAACAGCAUGGCAUACACUGAAGAGCAAGUGGAGAUUGAUAAUGCUAUGCAAGUCAACGAAGAUGACAAUAAUUGGAUGCAUGCACAAGGAAAUGAUGGUGAUGAGACCCAAGAGGAGUAUGAGAAUCUCGUAAUUUUACGAAAUGCCUUGAACAAUGACAUGAAGAGAAAAGGGAAUCUUAGUCUCGAUGAGAAGGCUGAACUCAUCAGAAUCAAUCACACUCUUGCAAGGUUGGAUCGCCUCAGUGCUGCCAAAGCUAGAGCGGCCGAAGAUGAGGAUGAUGAAGAAGAUACACUCUUCAUUCCGGAGACACAUCGACGAGUGCCAAAUGUUGAUAACGGCGGAGGUCCAUCUUCAAGCCGUAACAAUGGAGAUGAGAAUGUGGAUGAUGAUGUAGGCCUUGCUAGGAUGUUACAGGAGGAGUUUGACCGCGAUGUUGACGAUGCCCCUACCAAUAAACGCAAGCCCAAGAAAACACGUCGGGCACCACCCAAAAACGCUCGAGAAUUUGCUGCAAGAGAAGAGGAGAGAAGAACCGAAAAAGAAAGAGCCAAGGCGCAGAAGAAAAAGGCUGCGGGAGGCGGGAAAGGCAGGAAGACCGAGAAAGCCAAGGCCGUACGAAAAGGCAAAGGUAGAGGCAAGGACAAAGGAAAAAAUUCCAAAAAGGGCUCUGUGAAGGUUGAUGAAGACAUGAGAGACGCUCGAUUCAUGGGCCCUCGCGGAGGUCAAGACGAAAUUGGACAAUUAAUCCUGGAUGAUCUUAUGAAUUGUGAUGCCAUCGGAGAUCGUCUCCAAGACCCCAUCUUCAAUAUUGCGCCGGAACCAGAAAUCGACGGCAGAACUCGAACCAAAGCCUCUCAACUUCAACAAUUGUUCGCUAACAUUCCUGAAGGUAGUAGCAAGAGUAAGGGAAAAUCUGACAAGGCAAAACUUUUGCAAGCUUCUCGCAGUUUCGGUUAUGCACAAGUUAAGGCUGUUAGUGGCAAGUGGCUCGUGAAGGGAAUGAGAUCGACCUUGUACCAUCAUCAACUACUUGGUGCGCAGUGGAUGGUUUCAAGAGAAUUGAGUUCUGAGCCGCCUCAUGGUGGUUUACUUGCCGAUUCGAUGGGUCUUGGUAAGACCGUACAAACUCUUGCUUGCAUGGUUGGCAAUCCACCCACCAAGGAAGAUCGGGAACGUGGGGUAACAGCAACACUGAUCGUUGUACCAUCUUCGGUCAUUAGUCAAUGGCUAGAAGAGAUUGAAACCCAUGUCGAAUGCAAGAAAGUAUGCCCAAAGUUUAUGCAGUACAAGGCAUCGAUGCAUAUUCCUGACGCUGUCCUAAAGGAUCUGGAUAUUGUCGUUACUUCUUAUACAGAGGUCAUGAAACAGUUCCCAUUCCCUGACCGCAAGGGCCGAGAGGAUAUUGCUAGAUAUGGGUACAAGAAAUGGUGGAAAAACGCCCACGAAGAGCUUGGUGCUCUCCACAAAAUUAACUGGCGAAGAGUCGUUCUUGACGAAGCCCACGCAAUUAAGAACAACUCUGCCAGAACAAGCUUGGCUUGCCAAAAUUUGAAGAGCGUUUAUCGCUGGUGUUUGACCGGUACUCCACUUUUAAAUAGGCUUGAAGAGUAAGUAAACCCCACUGCAAAUCUGACAUUUGAAUGUCCAAGUCACAUUUGGACAAUGGAAAGUCGUAUUUGGCCAAUGGUCUCUAGAGCCCGUCUCAUUGUUCAACUCAAUUUGGAACAAUCAAAAGCUGACAAUUGACCUAGGCUCUUCCCAUACCUCCGCUUUCUCAAGGCCAAUUAUUCGAUGGAUUGGAAGACUUUUCAACAAUAUUUCUGUGAUCCUGAUGCUGACGAUUGUACUAAUCGUAUUGCAACCCUUCUCAGUUACGCUAUGAUGCGUCGUACUAUGAAGACCACCAUCCUUAAUCGACCAAUAAUAACGCUCCCUAAGCCUCACCCUGUUAUGCAACAGCUCAAUUUCUCUCGAGAAGAAAGAAUCAUUUAUCGAAUUGUAAGUAUUUCACUUGGAUUCGGACAUUCAAAGGCUGACUUUGCUACCACAGACAGAGAGCCGCUUCCGUGCAAACCUUAAUGUAUUUCUGGCCAAUGGCACUGCCCAACGCGCCUAUGGAGUUUUCUUUGUUCAACUACUUCGUCUUAGACAAUGCACUUCCCAUCCAUUUAUGCUUGAACGUACAAUGAGAGAAUCCUGGACCACCGAAGACGUCGAGCAACUUCGUAGGGAGCUUGGCAAAUUUUCUGACACGAACGUAACCUUUUACGAGCAAUGCAAACUAUGGGUUGCCCAAAGUGAAGAAGAGAGAGCGGAAGCUAAAGCUAAAGGUGAAAAGGGAGCUGAGGCUAUUCCUUUUGGUAUUUCCAAAUUUGGUGAAAGUUUCAAAUUCGAUAGUGCUUUGGAUUCUCUCAACGAGGAGGAGCUUUAUACCAGAAUCACUUGUCACCUUUGCUCAGAUGUUCCGAAUGAGCCUAUAAUUACCACCGUAAGUUUUGAAACUCAUGAAAGCUCGAAUGGGAAUGAAAGCUAAUAUCUUUCUAGUGCUCACAUAUUUUUUGUCAGAGCUGUUUAACAAAUCACCUACACUCGCAAAUUCAAGAUUCCGACGGUGAUGACACGGUAAGCAUCGUUCUAUUGGUAUCUAGAGUAUUCUAACAUGAAGUAUUAGUUCAAUGUUUGUCCCAAAUGUGAUAUCAUCUUUACCUCCGCUGAGCCAUAUACCGAUCUCGAGAUUCCGGAUGACGACAACAUGGACUCUAGCCCUAGCCAGACUGCAGAAUCCGAAGGCUCAUCUCGUGGCACUAACAAGCGCUGUAAAUUGUCCGACGAUUCCUCUCGCCGUCCACACAGGAUUAAGAGCAAAGGUGUGGAUGCGCUUGGUUUUGAACCGUUCACAAAGGAUAACACCUGGGUCACGAGAUCAGAUUAUGAUCCAGCUUUCCCACUAAUUCCAAGUGCAAAGACCACAGCUCUGAAAGCUUUGCUUUUAAAGGGGUUUGAAGAAGCUCCGGAUGAUAAGGUAUGUUGACUUCGUUUCUCCCUCUUUCUCGUCUCCUGAUCGUUCAAAUGGAAACUAAACAAUUAUGUCAUCUACCAGGUCGUUAUUUAUGUCCAAUUUCGCACCCUGGCGCGAAUCAUUGGCCGUAUGUGCGCAGCCGAAGGUUGGGGCUUUUUGUACCUAACAGGCGACGCAUCACUUGAGCAUCGGAGCAAAGCUAUCAAAGAAUUUCGCGUUCAAGACAACAUACAGAUUCUGAUUGCCGGUCUCAAAUGCGGCGGUCUCGGUCUCAAUUUCCCUUUCGCAAAUAGAUGCAUCUCGCUCGACCUCUGGUGGAAUCACGGGGUGGAGCAACAAGCCUUCGGCCGUAUCUUUCGCAUAGGCCAAAACAAAGAGACGUGGAUGACUCGACUCGUCGUUCGCAAUUCCGUCGAUAUGCGAUUGCUGGGUAUGCAGGAUUGGAAGCUCAGAGCUUGUGAAAAGGCAAUUGAUAAUAAUGGACAGAGUGGUGCGAGUGGUAGCGGUGGCGGAACCUUGAAUUUGAGCCAGUUGGCUAGGUUGUUUGGUUUCCUGAGGACAGAUGAGGAUGAUAAUCUUUUGCGUAUCGAACCGGAUUAUGAGGAUGAGUGGGAGGAUGACGGAGUUAUUGGUUCGGGGGCUUCGCAGCAGGCGCCGUCGUCGGGUAGUUGGAUGGAGUGAGUAGGUUUGAUUUUUCUAUUGAGCGUUUGCGGUGAUAAUGCAAAGCUUGAAUCAGUGCCCUAUCCUUCUUUGGGAUUUGGGAAGUUGGGGGAAAGCAGAGGUUUCUUCCGAGAUUGGUUUGGAUUUUAAUUUUGAUUUGGAGCUUGGAAUGGAAUCUGGGUUGGAAUCUUGCGUGGGGAUUUAAGAUUAACGUUAUUAUUAAGUGAUUGCGAGCGGGCGUUACGUUUUACGCUAUUUAUUGAUAUGACAUUUAAUCAUUUUUAUAAUUUGUAAAAAGGAGAAGAAAUC